AUGAAUCGCUACCAAAGAAGUGUUCUGUUUUGCUUGAAAUCGAAGCUAUAUCGAUUUGACAAGGAUGCGAAUCAGUGGAAGGAGAGAGGAGCUGGUACUGUGAAGCUCUUAAAGCAUAAGAAUACUAGGAAGAUUCGUCUCGUCAUGAGGCAAUCGAAAACUCUGAAGAUCUGUGCUAAUCACUUCGUUAAACCGGGCAUGAGUGUUGAGGAACACGUUGGAAAUGAAAAGUCUUGUGACUUUGCCGAUGGAGAACUGAAGGAUGAACUUUUCUGCAUCCGAUUUGCUUCAAUUGAGAAUUGCAAAGCAAUUAUGGAAAAGUUCAAUGAGGUUGGUGAAUCUGAAGAAAAGAAAGAAGAGAGCAAAGAUGCCUCUGACACCGCUGGUCUUCUUGAGAAGUUGACUGUGGAAGAGACGAAAAUGGAGGAGAAACCUGUGGAGAAGGUGAAGACUGAAGUGGAAAAACACAUACUUUUUGUUCUUUCGCAACAAUAA